AUGCUUUCCAGAACACCUGGAUCGGACAGACCGUCUCGCAAGGUUUCGCCAGCUGCUGCUAAUAUCGGGUCCUUUCCGGUAGGCCCGUUGUGCAAGAGUAAGCAGGGCGCCCCGGAAGUACGACCAAAAAGUCCAGAAUGUUCUGUUACGGCAAACAUCUUUGAGCUGGCUUCAGUGCCGAGAAAGAACGUUCGUAGCUUAUUCCAUUGCCAUGAUAUCUUCAACGAUCUCGGUAGUGGACGGUAUGGUGUAUCUGCGCACUCGCUAACGAGAGCGGUGCUUGAUGGUGUGAGGGAGUUAAAGAGGGCGAUUCUGGUGGAGCUGGAAGUUGUGGAGGCUGCUGUCGAAGAUCUGGCAGUUCCUGGUGCUCUAUAG